AUGACAAAUACCUUGCAAAUGCUAAGAAAUAGAUUUUUGUGGCCAUCAAAAGCUAACGAGCUGGAUCCACCCAGAAAAUUUUACUAUGUUGCUGCUGUUAUGGCUGGGAUUUCCUUGAUAUCGUUUAAUGGCAGCUUUUUUCAUUUUAUAUCACAAUUAACAAAAAAAAAUUACGAUAAUGUUGACAUGGACGCUGCGAGUAUAAUAAGUCUUACAGGGAUUUACUUUAGCGUUUUUUUCUUCCUUGUGAAAAUCAAAAGGCUAAGUUUAAUCUACCAAAAAAUGUCCGAUUUUGCAACUUACGGUAAACCCCCAAAUUUUGAGAAGGAUAAUGAGACCUUAAAUUUCUACUCCAAAUUGUUUUCCAUGUAUAUGUUUUGUCUUAUAGUAAGCGUUUCGUUGCCUGAUUUGGGCGAAUGUAAAAACGCCAAGGCUGAGAAAAGAACGUUUUCUAUGGACGCUUUGACUCUUUUUAUCGGCUGGUUUAUAGCACUUGCGUUAGUGGCCAGUGGUGGUCAAAGAAUUAUAGAUGAAGUAUACUGA